AGCCCUGGACACAGUACACACAGUCCAGAGCCUCAGCUCAAAGGGAAACAAAAGGAGCUGCCUAGGUUCCCAUGGCUGUUGCCAGCACCUUCAUACCAGGGCUCAACUCUCAGAACCCUCAUUUCAUCCCGGGGUACACUGGACACUGCCCUCUACUUCGGUUCAGCAUGGGCCAGACCUAUGGGCAGGUGACUGGCAAGCUACUUCGAGGUCCUCCUGGUCUAGCCUGGCCCCCUGCCCAUCGCACACUUCUGCCUCCCAUUCAGCCUCCAAGAUCUCCUGAGGUUCCCAAGGGGAGCCUGCCUGCCAGGUGUGGGCAUGCAAGCCUCAGCUCCAGCAUGAUCCCUGGGUACACAGGUUUCGUACCCCGGGCACAGUUCAUCUUUGCCAAGAACUGCAGCCAGGUCUGGGGCGAGGCUCUGAAUGAGUCUACUCAGUCGCGUGGGGUGAAAGGGAGUAAAAAUCUGGUGCAGGAGGCUAAGGGAGAAAAAGAUAUGGAGAAAAACCAAGAGCCAAAGCUGGGGCUGGAGCUGGAGAAGAAGCCAACCCUGGAGGAGGCAGAACACGCUUCUCCCUAUUCCAUGGAUGACACAGAUCCUCAGAAGUUCUUCAUGUCAGGCUUCACUGGUUAUGUGCCCCGUGCUCGCUUUCUCUUCGGCUCCAGCUUUCCUGUGCUUACCAACCAGGCAUUGCAGGAAUUUGGGCAGAAGUACUCACUGGGUGGAACCCAGAAGGAUCCCAAACAUCUCCCCCCACUUCUCAGAACCUACGAGCAGAACCUGGGUCUCUUACCUAACUAUGGGGGCUAUGUGCCAGGGUAUAAGUUCCAGUUUGGCCACACAUUUGGGCAUCUCACCCGUGAUACUCUGGGCCUCAGCACCAUCCAGAAGCAGCUCCUGGCUUAGGCACUUGGAUUUCAAGUUCUCCUUUCCCUCUUCAUCCUAUCCCAGCCAUCCUUCUGGAAGGAUGGGGGCAACACAGAGAAAAUGGGAGGAUGCAGGCAACACAAAGAGAAAAUGGUUGGAGGCUGAGCACCUUUUUUAUUAAUAGGUGUAAUAAAUAAAUAAAUACAUACAUGAACAGAA